GUUAUUGCGCUCCGCUUCUCUAUUCAUCACCCGACGGGUAAAAAGUGAAACAUCAACAAUCCGAGCGAUGCCCUGCAACGUGCUCUCGGUGCUGUCGUCGGUCCCGAUAAGGACGUAUUAAGAGCCCAACAGCUCAGAGGAGUUCCCCCAGACCAAAGGUAAAGUCGAUAUCGGCCACAACGGUACAUAACUCACUGCGUCUUUUCUUAUUCCCGUGUUCGCGCUGUCCGCGAUACCGAACAAGCUCUCGUACGCUGCAUCUUUGGCCCUUUUUUAGUCACUUGAAAGCCAUCCGCCUAUCAAAGGCCGUGAAAACUACAGUAGCUGUUGCUGCACAAACCGCAAUAAUGCUGCCGACAAAGGGACUUCUGUGGAGAGUGGCCUUCCUUUUCCUGGUCGGCGUGUUCUUCAGCCUGAUGCUCGACUUCUUCCAAAUCCAGUACCGCCUCUCCGCGUUCGAGCGCAACCUCAUCGGAUCCAUGUUCAUGUCCUCUCCUUGGUGGGUUCCUGCCAUAUGUGGGACUGCGGCGGUGUCAGUGGGGCUUCUGUAUCCGUGCGUGGACCACAAGCUGGGUGAAGAGACCAUACCCCACCGGUGGUCCGACGUCAUGAAGUGCAUUGCUCUUUUCGUCGGAAUCAACCAAGCCAGCGCUAAGAUUGAGCUACAGAGCGACUGGCAGCCGUCGCUGUCCCUGGUGCUGCUCUCGGUGAGCCUGUGGUGGCUUUGCGACAGGACCCACAGCGGGUUCGGGCUGAGCAUCCUGACUGCCCUGAUAGCCACCCUGGUGGCACACUUCCUCGUCUACUACCGCAUCGGCAGGUGCUCCGACAAGGAUCUGACUUUCGUGCGGUCCUGGCUACCCUGUGUCUUCUUCUCGGGUGGCAUCACGGUGGGCAACAUUGGAAGGCUGCUGGCAUUGGAUGGCCAAGACCCCUUCCCAGACAAAAAACACCAGGAGUGAAUCUUCUCCGACCUGUCUGGAUCGCACCCUUAUUUAUUGAGACCACCAAUCGCCACCGGAGCCGCGACCGCCGAUCUCGGUCGCCAUCACGGCGGCAAACGAGACCGGCGGCCUGGGGGACCUUCGACGAGUCCCCAGAGCAUCGGAGCUCGCCGUCACGAGUUGCGGCCGCAAGUUCCGGUGUCACGUGACAGACCUUGUGCGGAAGUUUCCAUCCAUCCGCAGCGUGAACCAGACGACAGACGGAGGGAGCCCAAAUAGCAGCUUGUGCCAAAAAGCAAAAAAAAAAAAAAAGGGGGUGGGGUGGGGGGGAAGAGUAAGUGCAUAAGUGAUGCAACGUUUCAGCCAAUAUUUCUCCCGGAAAGGCGAUAAUUAAUGGGCCCAUAGCAUGCGGAAUACUACUUCUUCAUCUUAUUUCCCUGACAGUCUUUUUUUUUUUUUUGAUUGAACCUUGUUACUGUUUCGUUUUUUUUUUGCUGCAACGUAUGGAUUUCAGGAAUUGUAAUUCUUGUUUCUGUGCCACACGAUUCCGAUCCAAGGUGAUGGGUUUGUCAUCACAAUCUCUAGUUAGGGUCGGCUCUAGAAACGUAAGGUGUGGCCUGUGAUUCGUUCUUUAGCGUUCAUGUCAGCUGAUGCCACGACCUGAUUGGCCGUGGACCAAUAAUGCGAUGCUUGGGACUUGCAACGCCCUGUGUCCUGUGGGUUACCAUGGCUGUAUUAAACCAAAAUCUGAAAACUUUGUCACGCUUUUUUUUUUUUUUUGAUGCACAUGUGUUUUGGCUUUUCAAGCUGCUCUUUUGAUCUGUGUCUGGUUGAAGAUUUUUGCGAGGAGGACGAACUCCCAGAUGACAAAUUGAAUGCUUUUUUUCUUUGUUCUUCAUUUUGUGUUUGUCCUACACGUUUUUGUGUUCUACUGCAGAGUCACAGUGUUUUAGAAACUGUAGUUGUGCUGAGAAAGAGUACCUGCUCCUUCAUAAACAUGGAUGCGGGACUUGCGGCCCACAUGCGAUAAUAUUGUUUCGUGCGUGUCUUAAACUGCCUCGUCUUUGAAAAAAGAAAAAAGAAUUGCUCGCGCACACUGCAGUUAUUGUAUGUCCCCGCUGCAGAACUUGUGUAGAGAAGAUGUGUUCCGAGAAUGUAGGUGCUAUACUCUAUGCUUUGUUCUACCUCAUAUGUCUAGAAAUCAAAAAAACGGCCAACAGCACCAAAAAAUCUUUUUUCCCAAAAUGCAAUAAGCUUUCUCUUAUUGCAAAUACCCCAUAAAUAUUAGGUGCAUAAGAGAAUGAGCCAGUGGUUAGUUUUGUGCUUGAACAUGGGUUGAGCUGCUGUCAUCUUUCGAAGGCACUUGAAACCGCAAUCCCAUACCUAUAGGCUGCGGCCAGAUAAACUACACUGAAGGAGGUGUGUGGCUUUGUUCUUUUAUGACUGACUCAAUCCACAUACUUCAUGAAUUCUAAGGAUUAACAAAUUGUCCACAUAAUUUCUAGAACAAGUUCAACGAAAAGAUCCAACACUCUUGAAAAGACGAGGAGUGGAAAAGGUUGGAAAAGAAGAAAUUAGUGUCCGAGCUGUGUCUGAUCUUUUCCACAUUGCUAGCAUAGUCGGCCAGUGGCAAACAGCAAAGGCCGCAUUCAUUGCUGAUGGCAUGUUGAGCGCCGUCACGAUUGGCUUAUGGUUGCCCAACGUUCACCAAUCACACUUCAUUUUUCUUUUCUCCUUUGCCUCCUUCUUAGACCAUGUUCUCAGAAAGGAAGAGGGGGUUUGGAAGCUCCCAUCCAUUUUUACUUGGAAGCAGCAUGCACAUGUGGGUAAUUUGCCAACUUUUAGAAUCCGUGAACCUGUAGACAACUGGAAGCCUCUUCAGUGUGGUGAUGGUAUCGACAGCUGUUUUAGUUUGCUAGAAGGGGGGCCGGCUAUUUGGCCUUAAAGGUUGACCUGCAGUUGUCAUGGAGAGGGAUCUUGCUUCCUUUUCCCCCUCAGCCACCAUUCUUCAGAGUGUCAGCUUUGUGCUUAUUUCAGAUUCUCUUGUCCCCUGAAGUUUCCUGAAGUAGGGGCGCUUCAACUAUCCACUUGAAUAAUGCAAAGAGCAAUGACAAUACAGAAGUCUUAAAAUACAUGAAUUGAGACUCGUGUGUUGUCCCUCAUCAAGUUCUCUGAAUCUUGGGUACCGAUCCUUAACCUAUAUCAGUUCUCUGACCUUAUGUGUGCUUAGAACAAGAUCUGAAAUUUCAAAAUAGCUUACGACAAAAACUGAAAUAGUGAAGUUCGAAAUUGUGAAGCUUGUGGCAUGCAUUCCUUGCUGCACUUGCCCUGGUAAAAAUGUAAAUUUUAUUGAAACAUUUUGCUCUUUAAACUGGCACUUUUUUCCUGUUAAUGUGUAGGCUUUUAUGUUGGCACGCAUAGUAAAAAGAGCACUAUUGAAAGAGAUUGUAUCUUGUUAUUGAAUGCUUAGUUUAUGUCUAAGUUUAAGUCGAGCCAGAUGGUGAACAAGGGCUCUCUGUGUGUAUAUAUAUUUCAAGUGGAGCGUGCAAUUACUGUUUUUUGUACAGAUGCACAAGCUUUGAUGUUUUAUUUUCAAAGCGCACUGAAGAAAGCUUGAGUGCCACAUCUAAAACAAACACGUUCUAGUGUUUACCCGUUUGUUCGUCCCUGCGUGUUUUGAGUUUUUUGUUUUGUUUGUUUGUUUUGGUUAAAGAGUGAAUUGCUGAAGAAUAAAAUUGUUCUGAGAUUUAACCAAU